ACGGGAAAGGACUGUCGCUCGGCGUCGCAAAAAUGGCAAAAAUUACAUAGAUACACUAGGACGGAACGAAAUCAUGUCGCACGUUGCCAUUGCCAUUGUUGUUGAGUUUCCGGUCAGGAGUGGAAGGCAGCGAAGACAGCAGCUUAGCUUAUUUUCUCAAAAAAAUAUACAAGAUUUUCAAAAUCUCUAGUCCUCGUUAAAGAACAACGUGAAAAAUACAAAAAAAAUAAAAUAAAUAAAUAAUCGUAAAUCGUAAAUCAUUAAAUUAAUAGCCUUACCAAUACUAAUACAGCUAAACACACAGCUGUUGUGCGGACAGAAAGUGUGGAGAAAGAAGAGGAAGUGAAAUUGGCGGCAGUUUGACCGCAACAACAACAACAAUAACAACAAACACUCUUGCAACACACACACACACUCAUUGAUUCGCGUUCGUCAUCAGUCGUCGGUUGUGCCCCAGCGCCUCCCUACCCCCCAGCACCCCCAAUACCCCAUCACCUCGCCUCCCUGGCAUUGUGACAUUUGAUUUAUUUGACGUGUGUGUUUUUGAUAGAAGCUCAACACGAAACUGACACGCAAACACACACACACGCACAUACACCACCGAAUGGCUCAAGAAUUUAUUUGUUGAACAAAAAUAAAAAUAAAAAAAAAAAAAUCCAAAGCAUUCUCUCACUCGUUAAGUGCGUUUGUCGUUCCGCGUAUGUUUGAUGUGAAAAAAAAAGUGACAACCAAAUAGAAUCGAAAACCAAAACCCCAGAAAAACACACAAAAAUCUAUCGCUAUCAAUGGCCAGACGAAAUUAAUUGCCAAACAGCCAAAACAGCAGCCAAAAUUAAUCUAGAAGACCCCCGAAAAUAAUCUCACAACAAAAUGAUGCUACACGAGGCUGUCAUGCUGGAAAUCUAUCGCCAGGCUUUAAGUGCAAGGUCCCUUGUUUCCCCAAAUUUCAGUGAGUUGGCCAGCCCGCGAUGCCAAUCCCGGGAAUCCAACACCUCAACGGGAGCCGGUGUGGUACCCAGUGAUGUCCGGUGUCCUUCGAAUGAGUCCCAUUGCUCGGCCAACGAUUGCCUGACCCCAGCGCCAACACCGACUCCCACGGCCACGCCUACUUCUCCACAUCCCGUGGGCCUGCCGUUGACGGCGACGCUUCCCCCCGCGGCUGCAGCUGCUCUGUUGCCGCCGCAGUCGGCGGCGAUGGCUGCCUACCUGGCGGCCGCCCAGCAGAAUCACCUGCUGCUCACGAAUCCUCUGGCGGCGGCCGCUUCGCUGGUCCAGCAGGCGACCCAGCAGGCGGGGGACUCGCCGCCAGCGCUGGACUUUAGCAGGAAACGUGCCAGCAGCGAGGGUGACGACGACGAGGAGGAAGAAGAGCCGGAGCAUGGUCCAGAGACAGAGGCCGAGCAGGAUGUCCAGGGCGAUACUGGACCACUGGACCUAUCGGUGAGUACGCGGAAGAGGCAGGAGGCACCCGACUCCCCGCCAGCCAGGAAGGUUCCGCGAAGCAUCUCGGCCGACUACAAGUCACCCCUGCCCCCCGGCAGCUGGGUGCCUCCCAUCAACCCCUACUUGGCAGCCGUGGCGGCCAAAACUGGUGGACUGGGCAACCCGAAACUGGGGCCAAGCGAAGCCACCAAGGCACUGGAGAAAAUGAGCGAGAUGAGCCGACUGGAGACGCCGCCACCAGGUAGCCGGAACUCAGCGGGUGUUUCCACCUCGUCGUCGUCGUCCUCGGGAUCCGGGGGUGCGGCGGCUGGAGGCGGCACCACUUCCGGUGGCCGACACAGUGCCUGGCAGUCCCACUGGCUGAACAAGGGAGCCGACACGGCCAAGGAUGUGUUCAAGUGCGUGUGGUGCAAGCAGAGCUUCGCCACCUUGGCCAGCCUGACCACCCACAUGAAGGAGACGCAGCACUGCGGCGUCCAGAUUCCAUCACCCUCCUCCUCGGGGGCAGCAGGAGCCUCGAGUGCUCCUCCCGCUUUCGCGACUGCCCCCUCCACGUCGAACUCGGCCUGCUCCAGCAGCAGUAGCUCCACGUCCAGCUCCUCCAACUCCUCCAAGUCGGAGCUGAACAUGCUGAUCAAGGAAACCAUGCCGCUGCCCAGGAAACUAGUGCGCGGCCAGGACGUUUGGUUGGGCAAGGGUGCGGAGCAGACCCGCCAGAUCCUCAAGUGCAUGUGGUGCGGCCAGAGCUUCCGGUCGCUGGCCGAGAUGACCAGCCACAUGCAGGAGACCCAACACUACACGAACAUCAUUUCACAGGAACAGAUCAUCUCCUGGAAGUCGGGCGACGACCGGGAGCGACCCUCGAACGGUAGCCAAGGACCGGGAGGACCCCCUUCGGCAGCUGCCUCGGCCGCUCCUGCCCCUUCCAAUGCCACGGCCGCCUCGGUAAGUGCUGUGCUCACCUGCAAGGUGUGCGAUCAGGCCUUCGGCACCCUCAAGGAGCUGAGCAGCCACAUGGCCCAGCAGUCGCACUACAAGGAGUCGCCAUCCUCGUCCGUCUCCCCACCGGCACCGGGUGCUGGCAACUCCAAGAGGGCCCGGCAGAAUCGCAACGAGAAGCGCAAGAAGUCGCUGCCGGUGCGGAAGCUCCUCGAACUGGAGCGUUCCAGCUCCAACUCCAGCCUGGACUCGGCCCUGAAGCCGCUGCGGGACUUUGCGGCCGCCACGAAGAUCACCUGCGAGAAGUGCGGCAGCAAGAUCGAAACAGCCUUGUUCGUGGAGCACAUCCGCAAGUGCCUGGGUGAGAGCAUACCCAUCCCGCCUAGGAGGCCAGCGCAGGGUCUGGAUCGCAUGCCGAGCCCCAGCUCUGGACUGGGUGGCGAGAAGCCUCCGUCUGUGCUGAACGCCCUCGAGCAGCUCAUCGAGAAGAGCUUCGAGUCGAGGGGCGGAGGCCGUAGUCUGGGAACCCCUGGGGGCUACUCCGAAACUGGAACUCCUCUGGGGGCCAGCAUUCUGAAGCGUCUGGGCAUCGACGACAGCAGCGACUACACCAAGCCACUGAUGGACGCCCAGGCGAUGCACAUGAUGCGCUCCUCGUACGCUUCCCGAGAUCGCAGUGCCAGCGAAUCUAGCUCCGCCAGUCGAGUGGAGUCAUCCUACACUCCGGACAGGCAGCAGGCAACACCUCGCAGGACUCCGGAUACGCCAGCGCCGCCUCCUCCGCCGCCGCCACCACCCGCUACGAUCAAGGCGGAGCCCAUGGAGGUGGAGCCGCAGGCGGGAUCAGACGACCGAGAGGGCGGCAGUCCCAGGCAGCACAUUCAGGUAAAGAAAGAGUUCUCCAUGGAGCCGAGUCGGGAGAGUCCACGGUCGGCCAGUGAAUCGCCAGCGCCCCAAACGGGAACCGCCCCAGCUGCGGAUAGUGGCAGCCUCCUGGCCCUGAAUUCCAUGUUCGAUCAGCUGAGCGGGGCAGAGACCAACAACAACAACACAGGACACUGCUUUAACAACAACAAUCCUUCGACCAACAUCUCCUCGAAAAAGCCCAAGGCCCAUCCUUUGGCGGCUCUCCAAAAGCUGUGCGAUACCACGGACCCCCCUGCCUCGAACACACGCAGCAGUGCCUCCUCCACAGGAUCUGGAUCGGCAUCGGCGGCGGUGGCCUCCUCGAACGGCAGCGACCUGGUGGCCUUCAGUUGGGCCUGCAACGAGGCUGUCCUGAGCGCCAGCAGUGGAGCUGGCGGGGAUUCGUCCAUUAUCAAGUGCUCCUUCUGUGAUACGCCGUUCGGGUCGAAGGGCGCCUACCGCCACCACCUCUCCAAGGUGCACUUCGUGAAGGAUGCUGGCGAGGAUUCGCCGCGUCUAAAGUCCCCGAUGGCCCAGAGUCCCUCGCCGAAGAGAUCUACGUCGCGGAGUCCUGCGACAGCUAUGCAGCAGCAACCGCCUCCAUCGCCCACCAUCAACCCGUACGACGAGAGUCCCCAGUCCAAGUUCCUCAAGUACACGGAGCUGGCCAAGCAGUUGUCCUCCAAGAAUGCCUAAGGAUCCAAGGAUAAGGAAAACAGUUUCAAGAAAUAUUUCAAGUGACUUCUCCAAAAGGAUAUUCUGAAAGGAUAUCCCUUAUAAUUCCCAACUGUAAAGUCAAGAACUGAGAUUCGAGGACUCACUCUCUGCAGUGAUUUCUGAUCGCCGAGAGUCUGCGAGAUUUGUUUGCUAAUUCGCGCUCUUGAGCGACUCGUUGCUCUCCCCCAAUCUUUUGCAGUCGCUCUCUGUGGCGCUCACUCAAUUUGGGAUUUCCCCUCUUUGCUGAAUUGCCAAGCAUUUCCCCUGACAUUCCCCAACAUGUGACGUCACCUCGACGAAGUGCUGGUCCGUUUUUAUUGUUUCCCAAUCGGACAUCAUGCUAUCGCACUCACAGUGCAAGCGAGAGGCAACGACGAGUGGAAUUCAAUUACCACCGUUUGACGAACUGCUGUCGGGGAGCCUGAUGAGACGGCUAUAUAGACGGUACGGGCAUGAACAGUUUGACGAAAGGCGACGACACGAGUUCGUCAAAGUUGGAUUGGAUGGAGGCAUAGACCUUCCUCCAACCCCAACCCCAACUACAGACCGAGACCGAGUGGUUGGGGAAAGAUAGCCGGGUAGUGAGUGAGCCAAACUAUUGAGCGGAACUGGUUUUCGAGUGCGAAAUAGACUCGACUCAAAGAUAAUACUAUAAAGAUUAUUUAUUAAUUAUGCCGCAGUUCCUGGUCUAAAGAAUCGAAUAGAAAGCGUGCCAAAAAAAAUUCAAAAUACUUAAUUAUAAUGCUAAAACAAUUAAAUCACUACACUUAAGCAAUUACAAACGAACGAAACGCAGUAUACGUAAACAGAAAAUUUAAAAAUGUUAACCUCAUUGACGAUUGCAUUUUCCGUUGGCAAGAAUCUUUUAACCCUAAACGAGAUAAUGCAUCAAAUUAAUGUAAAUAUUUAGCUAGUAGCACUUUCCUUCCAUAUGUCUAAAGAUUAUCAAUAUAUAUAUAUACAUACAAAGAAAAGAUAUAGAAAGUCGAAAUCAAAAGGUAGCCACAGCAACGCAUGUAUACGCAACAAAUUAUAGAGAAACAAUUUUAAAAAUUAUAUAUACUCCAACAUAUGAACCUUAUAUAUAAAAAAAAAAAUAUAUAUAUAUACACCCAUGUAUACCAGCAACUCCAAUCUCAACAAUAACUAAGAUGUAUACCUACGUGAAUCUUAAUAAUCUAACCUAAGAUUUAAACCUAAGAAUUGCAGAAUGUAAAACAUUUCAUUAUCUAUCAACAACAAUCAUUAUCAUCGUAAUCUAUUGUCGGAUAUCAUUUAAAUCUACGAUAUACUACGAUAACUAUGUAUACGACUUGUAUUUGAGUUUUUGUGAUAUUAUUUUUAAAUCGAAACCGUUUGCUUCCUUUUGACCUCACGACCCUAGUCCCAAUGUCCCCUAGACCUGUACACCUCUUGUAUCCUGCAACACCUCCCACCCCCUUGAAAACCCUUCUAGACUGUAAGUGUAAGUUAUAUAAUAAUGCAAUAAAGGCGCAGCAUUCAA